AACAUCACAUGGACGAACCUAGUUGUUCCAAUAGUCCUGUUGACCUUCCUGAGAUCAUUCCACAACUAAAAGUUUAUGCUGAACGACCAAAAGAUUGCUUCGUUUGUGGUGGCUCAGCGUCCGGAUAUCAUUACGAUGUACCUGCAUGUAAUGGAUGUAAAACUUUUUUUAGAAGAUAUGUAAUUUCAAAACGAUUGUUCACUUGCAAACUUAAUGAUGAUUGUUUUGAUUUAUCAACUAGAGAUGUUCCUGUUAAAUGUCGAGCAUGUCGAAUCAACAAAUGUUUUGCAGUUGGGAUGAAUCCUCACGCGUUAGAAGUAGAUAAAACGAACACAGAUUGUUUGAAAGAAGUAACCAAACGUAAAAACAUGAUAGGCAACGAUGCUGUAAAUGAAAAGCAAUUGGUCUUGAACAGUUUGGAAUCGAUGGAAAACAAAAUUCAAAAAAUCGCUGACAUGUUGACGUACCUUGAAUUAAAGUUGGAUCAAUUUCGAGCAUCUUCUUACAAUCCACAUUGGGCCGAAGUUCGCGGAUUGGAAUUUGUGUUGAAUAGUACAAAUCGAAUCAGUUUGGCAGACAAGUUUGGGCCAAUGCCCGGAUGGCCUCUUCUCGAUAACAAUCUGUCCCCAUCCCGUCCUCCGCCUUUAUCACACGAAAAAUUAGUUAUAGGUGGACCACCUCCUUACUCUCCAAAAAAAAAGCAUUGGCUCUAUUUUAACAUGCUUGCAACAAUAGAAUACGCCAAAACUUUCAUGUUUUUCCAUGAGCUUCUACCAAGAGAUCAACUUAUUCUGAUCAGAUAUACAACACUGGCAUGUGUGAAUCUACUAGUUUCAUUUUCGUCCGUUUCAAAAAAAUAUGACACUGCAGUACAUCCAGAUGGAACCCUUCAAAUGCACAGGAAUCAAGAAUAUUAUUCAAGCAAUGUCAUGUCAAUUAUUCCACUAAUACGGUAUCAAGUUCAACAAAUUGAGUAUGUCUUACUAAAAGCUAUUUGCCUAUGCAAUCCAGCCGUUCCUGAUCUUUCCAAGCAUGCACAGCUUCUGUUGGCCGAGGAACGACAGAAGUACUCUGAAGCUCUACUCGAUCAUUGUAUUCGAAACAUUGGAAAUGGUCCAAGCCGUUUCACUGAUUUAAUUGGAAUAAUUGAUGUUUUGGAACGACAGCAAAGAAUGCAAAAAGAUCUACAUCUAUUAUAUAUUGCACCGCUUGUUGCAAAAACACCAAAGGAUAAUAUCGUGCAAAUAAUUGAAGAUGUUAUGGAUUCAUAAUACUUUUUUGUGGAUAAUGGAUUUUCUGGGUUUAUUCAGCUUUUAUUUUGAAGUUUUAAAUUUCUUAUUUUGAUAAUAAAUAUCAUUUCAUUAAAAA